CUCCGAAGGAGUCAUGUCGACGACUGCUGUGCUGCUGCUUCUCGUCGUGUUGCUGCUGGUGGUGUUGUUCAUAUGGCGGUGGAGGCACUUCUCAUACUUCAAGAGGCUCGGAAUUCCUGGCCCCAAGCCCAACCUGAUAUGGGGCAAUCUUAUGGAAUAUCACUCUACGGAUCUCUACAAAGCUGUCGGCGGGUGGAUUGAAAAAUAUGGCGACAUGUUUGGCUUCUACAACGGGGAUGUGCCGUUCGUCGUAACGCAAGACUUGGAAUUGAUUGAGCAGGUGUACGUGCGCAAAUUUCAGAACUUCAUGAAUCGAGGCCUAACGAUGAUGACGGACCAGAUGCACCCGUUCCUCGGCAAGUCCAUCAUUCACGUGAACGCCCCCAUGUGGAAAAGCAUUCGAAACUCUGUCGCCUAUGGUUUCAGCGCAGCGAAACUGAAACAGAUGAUGCCAUUUUUCGAAGAAGAUGUCAACUUCCUAUUGAAAUCCCUGGAAAAGAACGCUGAGACGGGAGAGGAAGUACAAAUGUAUCGCAAGUACGAGCAGCUGUCCAUGGACUUCGUGGCCCGAGGGGCUUUCGGCAUUGACGAGCGUUUCCAGGAAAAUCCCGACCACCCGCUUUUCGAAAUGGCGAGGACCACUUGCUGCAAGAUCAUGACCGGUCCUUUUCACAUGAUCGCACAAAGCACCACAAGCCUGGGACCAGUUAUCAAACUAGUUUGCUGGCUUUCACUUGCAAUCGGAGACUUCGUGUUCGACAUGAUAACAACUAACACUGCAAAAGUAAUCGAGAUGAGAAAGAAGGAUCCAUCGCUUCAAAAACCAGAUAUUCUGCAAAACUUGCUCGAUGCUGAGUACGUCGAGAGUCAAACCGGCGCUGGGCCAGAGAAAGGAGGAAACGGAGUCCCCAAAACAAGAUCUUUAACAACUGAAGAAGUAAUAACCACCGCUGCCACUUUGUUCAUUGCUGGGUACGAGACUAUAGUCACCAGUCUCAGUUACCUAACGUUUACGCUCGCAAAAUACCCGGACAUCCAAGAGAAAGCACGCCAGGAAAUUGAAGAUGUCAUCUCACAGGGGGGCAAAUUGGAUUACGACACAGUAAUGAAGAAACUGAAUUACCUGGAACAGGUAAUGAACGAAACGCUGCGGCUUUAUCCUCCGGGUCUCACAUUUGUGACGAGGCAGGCCAAAGAAGACUUCGAAUACAAGGGGCUAAAGUUCAAGGCCGGAACUUGCUUCAUGGUUCCUCAGCUCCAGAUCCAAAGAGAUCCACGCUUUUGGUCCGACCCCUUGAAGUUCAACCCGGACAGAUUCGCCCCGGAGAAUGAAGCGGAACUGAAGAAGAUGGCCUUUUGCCCAUUCGGCAUAGGACCCCGCAACUGCGUCGGCUUGAGGAUCGCCACGUUGCAGACAAAAUUCACGGUUGCAAAAGUGUUGCAUAAGUUCCGCCUGGAGCUCGGCCCGUCCCAGAUGGGGAAAAUGGACAUGGGCUCACGAGCCAUGGUUUCAACGCCAGCCUGUGGACCAUGGAUAAUCUGUCACCGUCUCAACAAAAGUGCCUAAUGUCAAAAGUCACUGUCCACUGUCAAAAGUGCGAGUAGUAACAUGCCUGUCGUGUUAUUGGGACUGCAUCACGAGCCCCGGAUGUAGUACGUGACAUUCAAGCCAAGUACGAGGGGAAGAAAAAAAUAUUUCUAUAGCGGCGCUAGGUAGCUAUCUAGCGGCGGGCAACAUCUCAGUUUCUGAUACAGGCACUGUACGUACAAAUGAUAGGAGAUGAUUCCUUCGUAUAUUCGUAUACAUGCUUUUAUUAUUAGCGAGAUUUUGGUGGGAAGCCUAUUACGCAUUAUUUGUCGUGUUUCUUGGAUGAAUUAACAUCUGGAUCACACGUUCCUAUCCUAUCACUCAGACAAGUUGUUUCCUUGAUUGGAAGUCUGUUUGAACGAUUUCUGAAUAUAUAUAGAAUGUGGCGCUUAUGGCGAGUCAAUAAUAAGAGCCCUAUCCUGGCCGCGUGGUCCAGUGUCGUGUGAAUAUUUACUCAAAAGACUGCAGUCCCCAAGUUCCACUUUUCUCUCGAAAAACAGUAGUGUCAUCUUGCAUAUGGGUCCUGAGAAAAUCAUAUUUUUGCGUUUUGGGGGAUUUAAGGUUUUUUAUGGCCCCAUACUUCAAUAUUUUCACGAUGCUCCGAGCUCUGCUUUUUCUGAGUUUAGGCACAAUGAUAUCGUUUCGUUCGUGUUCUCGAUGCAUAUGGUAUUUUCUGUUAUUUUCGGCGUUGUGAUCAUAAUAUCCCAAAAUAGCAUCAUAAAAUGACUGCUUAUCCUCAUAGAAAGCAAUUAACGGGUCGAUCGAGUGAAAAGUAAAGCUAAGCUUUUGUACCAUAAUAUGGGGCCACAAUGACAAAAUAAACAUAAGUGAAAUCCUUUUUCUCAAAAAAGAAAGGAGAGAAAGAACGAUAGUCGCUACAUUGGAAAGAGUGAACGCUUAGGCGCGUGUAAAGAAUUUGAAGAGUUCAAUAUAAUACGCGUUGUGAACAGGUACGUAUUUUAGUUUGUUGUAUACACUCUACUUUUCUAACGGUGAAGGCUCAAACUUUAUAACAGCCUUAUCCCAUUUCGAACGUCGUAUUGUUACAGUGCCCACAAGAAAUAGCAAAAUGUGGUUUGUGCCCCUGUUUCGUAAAAUUUAUACGCAGCAAACUUUAAGAUAAGGUGUUCCGGUAACACUAAAAACAUGUGAGACUACAGCUGGUUGAAGUAAAAAAUAGUUGCGUUCAUAUACUUUUGUUCUAUUGUGUUUUAGAAAAUGACUAAGUAUCUACAAAUGAUAUCGACGAUGCUGUUUGCAAUUUAAAUUUUUGUUUUCUAUAGUUUGUUGCUACACUUUAUGUGGAAUUCCGUGAAUUAUAAUUAUGUUAAACUACAUACUGUAAUUUGCCUGUUUUUUUUCAUUUUGUCUUUAUCACGGCGUACCUGAAACUGAACAUAUACACCCUGUGCUGUUGUUGCCAUGCAACGGUCAUUUGGACCCUGUCUAGCCGCUUUCACGACUUUUUGUAAAGCAUAUCUUCCGGCGUAUUGCCUGGUAAAAAAGAAAAGAAAAACAAAACAAAUGUAAUUCUGAUGCUCAAAGUAGCCCCGAAUAGUGCACAGUUUAUGAGACAUUUGCCAUGCUUUAGGGCGACGAAACAUAAAAGUCACCAGUCAUUGCUUUCUAUGCCUUACAGGCAAUAAAAAGUGGGGUUCAGUGUGUGAGUCAAAGACGGAUUGUGCUGCCAUCAUUGCAACGCUUCGUUCCUAAACCAAAAUGAAAAAAAAUACGUAUUUUUCCCACAAUUUCCGCUUGGAGCAGUGGUUGUUUCUAUUACUUGGUAUCUGUGAAAUAAACAGUUGUCGUUAAAUUCUACGUA